AUGGAUUCGUUACCUUUAGUUAAUACAGCUGAUACAGCUGUCGAUGCUCCAGAAAUUUCUCUCGGAGUGCAACCACACAACGAAGACUUUCAUAGUGGAAAUAUCUUACAAGAUGGUAUUACCUCUUAUAUUUCAGAUUUUGGAUUAACAGGACCAGCAGAUAAGCAAAAAUCAGAUAAUCGAAUAUAUGGAGUAUUACCAUAUAUCGCCCCAGAAGUUUUGAAUGGAGAAACAUAUACUUUUGCUUCUGAUAUCUACAGUUUUGGUGUAAUUAUGGCUGAGUAUUCAUCUGGAAACCCUCCAUUUUAUAAUAGAAAGCAUGACGUAUCUUUAACAUUAGAUGUUUGUAAUGGACUUCGUCCAGAAUUUGGAAAAAGAACUCCUGAAUUUUAUAAGAAAUUGGCUUAUAGGUGUAUGAAUGCAAAUCCAAAUCAAAGACCAUCGAGCGAUGAGUUGAGGGAGAAUCUAAUUAACACCAAUAAUUAA